AUGAAUAUAUAAUGAUAUAAUCUGUGUCCGCAUUAAGUUUUUUACAGAGGUACAAGUUUUUGCGAGGCGAUAGCGAUAAAAUUUCAAGACCAAAAACUGCAAACGAAACGUAAAGAAUAUUGAACAAAUACAUGGUCUCUCUCUGAGUUACCGACGAUCGGAAUUAUCUCUCGAGUUGCAGUUUUGAUCCUCGCUAGGAUGGAGAAAUUCUGUCCGUUGUGCGCGAAGAAUGGCAUUAAGAGAAGAGUGAAGGUAUUUCAGGUCAACCUAGAAGAAGCGAUGUUCUCCUGCGAGUCGGAGCAAUGCGUCUGGCCGAUCGGUUACGAGGAAUUAAAAUUCUUCCCUAGACCAGCCCUCUCCUGCAACUGGGACGAAGAAUUGAGUUUCGCCAAAGAGGAGGACAUGCCCGCGCUGAUGGAGCUUUCGCUCUACACACCACCGGUAACCCCCGGAGGAGAGCUCUCCAAAGAGUUGACCGAGAUCGCGAGCACCGAAUAUUCGCCCAAUCCUCCGGCGGAGGAUAAAGUUGGAACGUUGCCUCAGUGCGAAUACGUUGCCUCAAAUGAAUCACCGGAAUUGGGAAGCAUUACGUCCACUGAAGAAGAUAGAGGCAUUACGAAUGAACAGAUUGAGGACGUUAAUAUUUUUAGAUUGCUGCCCAAGAUCACCAGCAUCGAAAAGACUAAUAUCAAUCUUACAAUCUUUUCUAAUGUCGCGCACAGCGAACAUUGCGACGAUAGACAAAUACAGGAACAGGAGCAUUCGCUCAUGGACGCGAGCAUAAUGGAUUUUUCCAAGAAUUUCGACGUGUCUGACAACGAGUGCACGCAGCUCGAUUUAAAUACGCGGUGUAAGACCGGAGGCGAAAGUGGCAAGCUGCAAUCGGACACUACAGCGAGCGGCGUGGAAGCGAAUUUUGACGCGGAGACAUUAUCGGAACCUAUGAAAACGCUAAUCGAUAUAAAUAUUACAAAUAGCGCAGGUGCAACGAACGAAGUGAAUAAAUGUAAUAGUGACCUAGACGCGUUAUUAGAAGACAUUUUGAACAAUGAAAGCCAGCCUGUAGAUAUGUGCCAGCCUGAUGAUCCAGAUGAUUGGUUAAAAAGUUUGUUAAUGAACUGACGACCGUAACAUUACAUUUAUCGUUAUUCGAAUGCAUUAGAUUGUAUUGCUUAGAUUAUAUUAAACAGAGACUGAAAGACAUGACAAAAGGGAUCAGAUUGUAAAUUGCAACUGAUCUCUCUAUGAAUUGUGAUAAUAGAAUAACAUUCAAUUGUAUUAAAGCAUUGCUUUAAAAAAAAAAUACAAGA